ACCUGUUGAAGUGGCAGCCUGUGGCAAGGAGUGCAAAUCAGUGGUCAUCUCUUUGGGGUUCCUGCUCUUUGCGGCCGCAGCGGUGUCCUUGGCCCUCUUCUACAAGCAACGGCGGUGGACCAAGUCCCUUCUGCCCAGUGAUGCCGAAUCCCGAAUGCUCCCAGCGCAGACCAGUUCCGGUGGGCCGACGGUCGCAGAAGUGGCGGUCCCACAAGUGGGCCCCCCACCCUUCCUGCAGGGCCGGUCCCUGUACGCGGUGCUGGAGGCGGUUCCGGCGCGGCGCUGGAAGGAGUUCAUGCGUGGCCUGGGCCUGCGGGACGGGGAGAUUGAGCGGAUCGAACUGGAGCACCCCCAGUUGCGGGAGCAGCAAUACCAGAUGCUGCGGUGCUGGGCCCAGGAGAGGCCCAGGGCCGACCCAGAAGACCUCUUUGCCGCCCUGGAGGACAUGCAGCUGGGGGGCUGCGCACAGGCCCUGCGGGAGGCCCUCCAAGCGCACUAGGGGCCCACCCGGCCCCAUAAUUCCUCCGAAGGGUGCCUUGUGUGGGUAAUGCUCUCCAGGAACCCACAGAGAAGGGUCUCUGGGACUUUUGAAGAACCCCAACGAUACAGAUACAUGACCCAAUCAUCGUCUGGUUUCCAACCCAUAAUUGCUGGGUCUCCAUCCCAUAACAAGUCUCCAUUCCAUAACUGAUGUGUCUCCAUCCCAUAAUGGUUGGGCCUCCAUCCCAUAGUUGAUGGACCUCCAUUCCAUAAGUCUCCAUCCCAUAAUAACUCUCCAUUCCUUAGUUGAUGGGUCUCCAACCCAUAAUUGAUGGGCCUCCAACCCAAAACAAGACUCCAUCCCUUAGUUAAUGGGUUUCUAUCCCAUAAUUGUUGGAUCUCCAGCCC